UGCGAUAACCUAAAAAUCAUGAAAUUGGGAAAUAUCAAUUGGUACGCACUGGUUUUAGAAAUAAUCACCCCUUUUCUCCCCACUGACCCACACACACUGUUGUGCAUUGCAGCUUUGUUGUACCACAGCUUGCUCAGCGAUGGAAUAGAAUCUUUGGUCAGCAGCCAGUCCGAUGGAGAUAAGAAGAAGAGGCAACAGAAAGUAAAGGGAACGAGCAUCAGCCCUCAUACCAAAUUAGCUACACUCAAGCUGUACAACAAGGAGUUGGAGUCAGAGUUUGGGUCCUUUGAUGACUGGGUGAAAACAUACGAGUUGUUCCGAGGGAAAGCCAGUGAGGAAGAGGGAUCAAAUGAGGAGAGGUUUGUUGGAAAAUUUAAGGGUCGAUUCUGCCUCUAUAAGCUCGCUGAGGAGGAGGAGGAGGACUGGCAUGAAGCAAUAGACGCUGGGAGCUUCAGAGUCAACAGAGGAAUCCCUCCCAACAGCUCAGUCCAAGUUCUCAUACGGGUUUACAUUGUCUGUGCCUCUAACCUGCACCCAGCUGACCCGGAUGGGAAGGCGGACCCUUACAUUGUUCUACGACUUGGCAAAAAUGAAAUCAAAGACAGAGACAACUACAUUCCCAAACAGCUAAACCCUGUUUUUGGAAGAUCUUUUGAGAUGCAGGCAACACUUCCUCAGGAGUCUCUGCUGUCAGUGUUCAUCUAUGACCACGACCUGGUGGGAGGGGACGAUCUGAUUGGAGAGACCCGCAUUGACCUUGAGAACCGAUAUUACAGCAAACACAGAGGCACCUGUGGACUCCCUGCUGAGUAUAGUCUUGAGGGUUACAAUGCCUGGAGAGACUGUUUGAAGCCAUCAGAGCUGUUGGCAAAGAUGUGCAGAGAGAGCGGUUUGGACGGUCCUCACUUCAGUCCAGGACGCAUCAUUGUGUCAGAGAAGGUUUUCACUGGCAAAACUCUCUUCAUGCAUGAAGACGAGCCAGUGGAGUCCUAUGAACACUUGUCACUGAAGAUCCUACACCGCUGGGCUGAGAUCCCAGGUGUAGGAUGCACACUGGUACCAGAGCACAUUGAGACCAGAACUCUGUUUAAUAAGGCCCGGCCUGGAAUGGACCAGGGUCAGGUCCAGAUGUGGGUAGACAUGUUUCCAAUGGACCUGCCACAUCCAGGACCUCCAGUGGACAUUUCACCUCGAAAACCAAAAGGAUACGAGCUGCGUAUUAUCAUCUGGAACACAGAGGACGUCAUUUUGGAGGACAGCCACUUCCUCACUGGUCAACAGUUCAGUGAUAUUUACAUCAAGGGCUGGCUGAAAGGUUUAGAAGAUGACCGACAAGAAACUGAUGUGCAUUACAACUCUCUGACUGGAGAAGGAAACUUCAACUGGCGCUUCGUGUUCCCCUUCAGCUACCUGCCUGCUGAAAAGGUAGUGGUGGUGAGGAAGAGAGAGAGUAUUUUCUCUCUAGAUAAAACAGAGCAGAAGAUUCCUGCUAUCCUCAUUCUGCAGGUCUGGGACUUUGAGACACUCUCCUCUGAUGACUUUCUAGGCACACUAGAAUUAGACCUCCAUGGAUUUACUCGGGGAGCUAAAACAGCCAAGUUGUGUAAGGCGGACAUGCUGACAGAUGGGACUGAGAGAAUCUCCAUCUUUCAGCAGAAGAGAGCACGAGGCUGGUGGCCCUUCACCAAGUCAGGAGAGUUGACCGGGAAAGUGGAAGCAGAGUUCCAUCUUGUGACAGCUGAGGAGUCGGAGAAAAAUCCUGUUGGCCGUGCCCGCAAGGAGCCAGAGCCACUACCAAAACCAAAUCGUCCAGACACCUCCUUCUCGUGGUUUGUUAACCCUUUCAAAUGUUUCUUUCACUUGGUGUGGCGAAGCUACAAGAAGUACAUCAUCAUCGGCAUCAUUCUGCUGAUCACAGCGCUGUUCCUUGCCCUGCUCUUCUACACACUACCCGGAGCCAUCUCCAACAAGAUUAUCAGCGGCUAAACGGAUAAACUAUGUGUGUGUAUGCUGCAGCUCUACAGCUUUUCCAAAUGAUCAAAGUCUCCAUUUUUUGAAUAUUGAAGUUGUGUAGAUGUUUGGUCUCACUUUUUAAAACAGUCAUUUACAUCAACAGGAAUAAGAAUGAAGGCUGGCCAUUUGCUUUUAAUUCGUUCUGUGUCUGAAUAAAUGUUUUCCAAAUGUUACUAACCAGUGAAAGUUAACAUAUUAAGAUUUUAAGAUGAUGAAAAUGGAAAACAAAAUCUGUUUAACCAGAAUAAAUAAAUGUG